AUGGCAAGACAGGGUUUGAUUAGUAUCCUAUCAUUAGUCAUUUGUUGUUAUGGUCUUUAUCAAUGUUUUCAACAUGAACUUCCUCCACAUUUAAUUAAAGGUGGUCAUUUUCAAUUCCUUACAAAUAUUUCAUUAUCGCUAACUAUUCUUUAUAUUUUACAAUCUAUUCUUACUCCAACUAGUCCUUAUUUAAGAACUCAAUAUAAUAUUGUCUCAAAUUUAGAAUUCACAGUAACUGUAUGUUAUUGGACUUUACAUUUCAUUUUACCACAUUUUUUAAAUCCAAAAUCUCAAGUUCAUAGAGAUUGGUCAAUUGAUUUAGCUAUUCAUUUUUGGCCAUAUUUAUAUCUAUUAGUUUUUGAUAGUCAAGAUAGAAUAAGAGCAAAAAAAUCAUGGUUACUUACGGCUGCUGUAAUUGUGGUUUAUUGGUGUUAUAUUGAAAGAAUUGUGUCUGUUAAUAAUGAUGGAAUUACAGGAUUUGCUUAUCCAUUUUUGAAUAAUAAAACUUUGACAGAGAGAUUUGUAUGGGUGCUUUUAAUAUGGUUUAUCAGUUGUUUAAAUUAUUACAUCAUUGGUUUCAGAAAUAUGCUAUAG